UGCAGCCUGGUGUGUACACACUGAAGCACACCGCCUUUGCAAGAUUACACAAACAAGUUGAAAAUCAAUGAAAAUCUCUAAAAGUUAGCGCGUAAACACAACAAAUAAAUAGCUGACGAUGCUGCGCAGCCUCUCCGCCCUUCGGGGGCAGUGCCAGCAGCUGUUCCGAAGCUCCAUCCCGCACCAAAGCAAUGUACAAAAGUUUGCACAAUUUUGGCGCAUGAAGUCGACAAAUUCACCGGAGGAAGCUGCACGGAAACUGCGAUCAAAAUCCACACUCUACUAUAUAACAGCCGGCGGAGUGCUAAUCGUUGGACUAAGCUAUGCGGCCGUGCCUCUGUACAGCAUCUUUUGCCAGGCAUAUAGCUACGGCGGUACCACCACCCAGGGCCACGACGCCGAGAAGGUGGAGCACAUGCAAAAGGUCCAAGAUCGAGUGCUGAAAAUCCGCUUCAACGCCGACAUUGGCUCCUCCAUGCGAUGGAAUUUCAAGCCACAACAGUACGAGAUUAAGGUGGCACCAGGAGAAACAGCGCUGGCUUUUUACACGGCACGGAAUCCCACGGACAAGCCCGUAAUCGGCAUCAGCACGUACAAUGUGAUUCCCUUUGAGGCGGGCGCCUAUUUCAACAAGAUCCAAUGCUUUUGCUUUGAGGAGCAGCAGCUUAAUCCGCACGAGGAGGUCGAUAUGCCCGUGUUCUUCUACAUUGAUCCAGAAAUCACUGCAGAUCCUGCGCUGGAGUUUUGCGACACCAUCACCCUGUCCUACACGUUCUUCGAGGCCAAGGAAGGCCUGCAACUGAACUUCCCCAGCUAUGCGAAACCGCAUACGGCCACCGCAUAGGAAUAGAUUUUCUUGAUAAUUUUUUCGAAGAAAUAAAUAUUUUGUUAUAUAUA